GGUAAGUUCAAAAUUUUGAUUAGUGCCCCUUCUGAUAGGGGCAACUUAUCUGGGCGAUUUAUCGCACCCCUCCCCACCUAUGUUGUUGCCCCUUCUGGUCUUCUCUAUCUGCCGCCGCAGGGGAUAUGGUGCUCACCCGCUCAAAGACAAGCGGCAUGGAGCAGCAGCCAGGCGAGACUACCGAGGCCUAUGAGGCCCGCACGCUGGACAUGGUAGCAGAGUACAAGCAACGGGCAGCUGCAGCAACAUCCGCACCUAAAAAGGAAGAUGAGGAAGCAGAGGAACAGCAUCGCCUCGCUGAACAGCAGCGACAGGCGGACGUUGAGGCAGCAACGAAGGCCGCAGACGAACGCCGUCGACUACGCCGAGACAAGCUCCUCGAAUGCAAGGGUGAUAUCGAGGUGAUCGUCGGCGAAUGGUCAGUGGCUGCUGAAGAGGAGGGUGCCACCUCUGCUGUGCAUGGCCUUGCAACCACAAUCGAACAUGUGAGCGACUUGGUCGCCACUGGUGCAGCACAGCAAGAGGACAUCCUCUGCAUAGACACCCUGGUCCGGAAGCAGAUUCGAAUUAUUGAUGAACUGCUUGACCGGGUACCUCGAAGACGAAGCUGGAGCAGCGGCGCUGCAGAGUGGCUCUCGGAGAACUCGACCGAUGGUUACCUAGUGGUACAACCUAGUGGAGGAUUGAAUCAGCAGCGCAUAGGGAUCUGCAAUGCAGUGGCAGUUGCACGCGUCAUAAAUGCAACACUCGUCAUACCAAAGCUGGAUAAUCAUUCCUUUUGGGGGGACUCCAGCAAUUUCAGUGAUAUUUUUGACGAGGAUCAUUUUAUCUCAACGCUGGCGGGAGACGUGCCUGUCAUCCAUGAGCUGCCACCGACGCUGCUUCAGAACAACAAAAUGUUUCCACAUUUGUAUCCGCCCCGGAAGAGUUCUCCAGAGUACUAUGUGGAUAAGGUUUUCCCCAAGCUGAAGAAGGCAAAGGUGGUGGUUCUCCAGAAGUUUGACUUUCGACUCAGCAACCGGGUGCCAUUGGAGAUCCGAUACUUGCAAUGCCGGGCAAACUAUCGAGCUCUGCGGUACACAGCAAGACUACAGGAAUUCGGCAGGUUGCUUGUGAGAAGGCUCAGAUCACUGGGACCGUCUUUCAUUGCACUGCACCUGAGGUAUGAAAAGGAUAUGCUGGCGUUCUCCGGUUGCGAUUAUGGUGGUGGCUCCAUAGAGCAUAAAGAGAUGCAAGCUGUUCGAGCACGGUGGCCAACACUGAAGACCCAUUCACCUGAAUCUGAGCGCAGGAAGGGCAAGUGCUCACUUUCACCUCGGGAGGUGGGGCUGAUGCUGCAGGCACUUGGGUAUGGAUUCGAAUCUCAUAUAUAUGUGGCAUCUGGAGAGAUAUAUGGUGGUGAGAGGAGUAUGGCACCACUGCGUAAACUCUUUCCUAACCUGCAUACGAAGGCCACACUCACAACGUCUGAGGAGCUAGCACCAUUUUCCAAGCAUGGGUUGCAGUUGUCGGCAAUAGACCAUAUCGUGUGCCAAGAAAGCGAUGUUUUUGUCGCCAGCAAUAGCGGGAACAUGGAGAGGAUUUUGGCCGGUAUCAGGUGCGUGUAUGCAUGUGUGGAUUUGCUGAGGUACCUCGAAGACGAAGCUGGAGCUAUGGCGCCACAGAUCACCGACGUGGAUGGGACAUGGCACGCGACGCCUGUUGGCUUGCUGCUGCAUGCAGAGUUUAGCCUUUUGCACGUUCGUGCGGGCUUGAGCCAGCAAUUCCCUGCACUUCCGGACGGAAGCGAGAGAGCAAGAGGCGUCUAUGUCAGUUGUUCGUGGAAGGUGAAGAUCAGCGAAGAUACGGCCUUUCCGGCCACCGUGGUGCAACUCGAAUGGAGUCACGUCGAUCGCCGAAUGCAACGAAGUGUUGUAGGCAAACUCGAUGUCGGAGAGGCAGUCAACCCAAUCCUUUUGAUCCGGACGGAUGAGCGUACGAAGCAUCAUUUGAGCGGUUUGAUGUGCCCGCUCCGUUUGGCCGUCCGUUUGUGGAUGUCGAGCCGAACUUGGUUUCAUCUUGGUGUCGGAUUCCUGCAUGAGAGAAGUUCAGAAUGCCGACAUGAAAUGAGUGCCGAGGUCGCUGACGAUGUCUUCCGGUACGCCGUGGCUGCAAAUCCAGCCGCCGGUGUGCAAGAGGCGCGCAAGCUUGGGAGCCAUGGCGUAGCACUUGCAAAAGAAAAAUCGCGCAUAUGUACUCAAUCGGUCAACGACCAUGAGGAUGCCGUCGUGCCCGAGGCGGUCGCGGGGAAACGGACCGGUGACGUCCAUGGCAAUGGAGAGGCCGGGUUCCCGUGGGAUGGGCAACUGGCGCAACUUGUCGUAGGGAUUGCGGUUGCGGGGCUUGCUUCGACGACAAACUUCACAAGAGUCGCAAUACCGAGUGACAUCGGUAAUGAGGUCGGGCCACCGGAAUCGUUGCCGAAGUCGUGCGAUAGUCUGAUUGACACUGAAAUGGUCGGUGAGUCGCGAGUCGUGGUACUCGCCGAGAAGGCGAGUCCGAAGACGACGGUCUCGUACCUCGAAGACAAAGCUGGAGCUAUGGUGCCACAGGCACGACAGUGCAUGCCACUCACUCGAUCACAGACCAAGGCCAUGGACCGGAAGGCGGGAGAAUCCCUCCUGGCCUAUGAGGAACGCCUGGCGGCAUUCAUCCAGGAGGCCAACGAUAGGGCCGCCGCCGCUGCCAAGGAACGUAGUCAGAAUGAGCAAGAAGAGGAGGCCAAGCGACGGAAGGAGGAACAGGACCAACUUCGUCAAGAGGAGGCAGACCUGCAGGCGGCAGCUGAACACCGGUCAUGCCAACGGGAACGACUGUGCACGCGGGAGACCGUGAUCGGCGAUGAGACCGCACAUUGGGUGGAAAUGGCAUCUGCAGACGGGGCCCCGGAGACUGACAAAGGGUUGUCCGCCGUUGCACAGAUCUCCCACGACCUCGUGGCCACCUGCGCUCUGCAGCAGGAGGAAAUCCUUCACCUGCAGCAGAUAGUGGACCAGAUGCUUACACGGCUGCAGGCGUUGGAGAAACAGCCAGCUGCUCGGUUCUAUUGGCCCGACCUUCUCAAGGACGCCACCCGCUAUUGUGAGUCGUGCGAAGUCUGUCGGCGUUGCAAGUCACGCAACCAUCGUCCCUUCGGCAAGCUACACCCACUACCAGUUCCCCUUGGGCGAUGGGAAGCAAUUGCUAUGGAUAUUACCGGCCCCUUCCCGAAGCACAAGACCGGCAUUGAUGGGAUCCUCACGGUCGUCGACCGCCUCACCGAGUACGCCAUGUUUUUGCCUUGCCGCUAUCACGCAAAGGCACCGGAGUUAGCCGAGGUCUUAUACACCGGUUGGAUUCGCUCCAAGGGCUACCCCAAGGAGAUCGUUUGCGACCGAGACACUCACUUUCUCUCCGACUUUUGGGUCGCCCUCGUCACGCGAUGGGGCUCAUCUUUGAAGCUGAGUUCGGCUCGCCACCCGCAAACCGAUUGUCAAACGGAAAGAGCGCAUCAGACCGCUCAAGUCCUUUUACGCACUCUCAUCCGUCCCGACCAGGUUGAUUGGGUUGAGCGCGUGCCAGACGUCGAGUUGGCUUACAACUCAUCGAUCCAUCCGGCUAUCGGGAUGUCGUCGUUUGAGUUUGAGCAUGGUUCACCCAUCUCAUCGCCGCUGGACGCCGUUUUGCCGCACACAGCCGAGAGCGACGACCAUCUUGCGUUCCUUCGUCGCAUGCAAGAGCUCCUUGUCAAGGCACGGGAUCAGAUGUCAAAGACGCAAAUACGGAUGAGCCGUCAAGCCAACCGCAAUCGUCUCCCUUGCCCGUUCCGCGCCGGCGAUCUGGUUUGGGUCUCCGCCGCGGAAUUCAGCCUUGAGCAAGACAUCUCUCGCAAGCUCCUUCCCAAGUGGAUGGGGCCUUGGCGCAUUCUCUCUGCAGUUGGUGAUGAUCCCGAGCGGCCUUCAUUCCACAUCGCGGUGCCACCUCACUUGCCCGUCCACACGGUGUUCCACUGUUCCAAACUCGCUCCUUUUGUUUCAGUGGAGUCCGACGAGUUUUGUGAUCGACGUACGUAAGACCCUCCUUCCAUGGACGGAUUUCAGGAGGCCGGCUACAUCAUCACUGACCGGCGCCAUGGCAACAAAGAAACAAAGUUUCU